GUGGAAUAUGAGUUAAUUUGGAGUUGAAGCUCCGCUCAAGAGCGCCUUUUUAGUUCCCAACAAGAAAAAAAACCUAAACAAAACCUCCAACCCUUUGUCAAGGUUCUUAAGAAGGACUGCCAACACCAGAGAAUAAAAAUGAUGCUGAGCCCGGACCAGGCUGAGGCGGACCUCUCCUGGACUCAGUCCGACCCGGAGACAAUGCUCAAUGGGUUGAAGUCGGCCGGUUGUGCCUCGGACGAGCCGGCGGAGAUGGAGGACAGAGCCAAAUGCAAAGCCGAGCAGCCCCUGAGCAGGGAGGAGAAGAGGAGAAGACGGAGGGCCACGGCCAAGUACCGCUCAGCCCACGCCACCAGGGAGAGGAUCCGGGUGGAGGCGUUCAACGUGGCCUUCGCGGAGCUGAGGAAAUUACUCCCCACAUUACCCCCGGAUAAGAAACUCUCCAAGAUCGAGAUCCUCAGACUGGCUAUAUGCUACAUCUCCUAUCUCAAUCAUGUGCUGGAUGUCUAAAAGUGACCCAUCCCCACCCCCCACUCCGCCCUCUAUGCGCACACAUAUGUGAGAGAAACUGUUUGGUUGAGUUGUUGGGAGACUGGACUCGCUCGGCGUGCUGGGAGUUAACUGGUUAUGGCAAGGUUAGCGGUCAGGGUGGAAUGAUGCAGGAG